GAAAUAUUUAAAAUGAAAUGUUGGGUUACAAUGGAGGACAGCUGGUGCAAGAUAUCCCACAUUCUUGUGCCAGAACUAACGAUUAGUCUCGCCCCUGUAUCUCAACCUCAGUCAUUAUGCGGCUUUCUGUUACCAUCAGAAGCACCAUUGCCUUGGCAUGUGUUGGUGUAGAGCUUGUUGCCUCUAUUGCUGUCAAAGCCCCAGGCAAUACAGCACGCGACGCGAGCCCUUCGUUCCCAUAUGACCCAAACACCACCAGGUAUUGCACAGAUUGGUGGGAUACUCUGGGGCUUUUCUCCUGUCAGGAACUUGUCGAUAUUUAUAGCCUCAAUACCGCAGAUUUCGUUAGAUGGAAUCCCUCCAUUACGGCGGCAUGUGGGAAUUUCAUUGAAUCUGGUCAUUCGUACUGCGUAAGGGCUGAUGGUGAGCCUGUGGUGACCACAACCGCUCCGCCCACAACUGUUCCACCCACCAAAACCACUGCAGGCCCUACAUCCACACCCACGACAUCCACGCCCACAACUGGUCCACCUCCGACCACUACAGUCGUCGAUGGGACGGCAUACCCCAUUCCUCCCGCCCCCACUAUCCUCGGAUCGACUCCUACGUUCAAGAAAUGGUAUGUCAUCGAGGGUGGCGACACCUGCCUCGCAAUAGCAGCUAAGUUCGACGUCACAAAAACGCAAGUCAACCUUUGGAACACUACAUCAACGUGGGCUGCACCAAUAUUUGGGCCACCUAUGCCGUCUGACGCUCGCGCGUUGGCAAAUAGAAUAACACUCCCUGGUGAGACAUCUAUUAUGACACCCAAGGUUUGCACUGAUGCCUGCUCUGCGGCAGGAUAUCGCCUUUCCGGUCUCCAGUAUGGAUCCGAAUGCUAUUAUGACAAUGCCAUUCGUAACGGCCACGCCUUGACGUCGUCAGGCUGCACGAUGCCCUGUCCUGGCGCACCAUCAAUUAUGUGCGGCGAAUCCGACAGAAUAAACCUCUACCGUCUCGACAAGUAUAAGGACAUGGGCUGUUACAACGACAUAAGCACAUCGCGCACGCUAGAGAAACAGAUCAUCAUUGCGAACCAGAAUGCCAUUCUAACACGCGAGAUCUGCCAGGAAGCCUGCGAAAGGGCCGGAUACAUCUACUCAGGCGUCGAGUACGCGCAUCAGUGCUGGUGUGGCUACUGUGUCUGGGGUAGCGUGGCAGGGAGCGGGUGCUCAUCACCGUGCCCAGGAAAUACGGCCCAGCUAUGUGGAGGCUCUGAUCGGAUCAAUGUGAUGAUGCGUCCACAAUCCAGAUCUCUUGGGUGCUAUUCGGAUGACGUGAAUAACAGGACGCUCAGGUACCGACUCGCCAUUGCGAACGAGGCGACGUUGAUGACGGCUGAGCUAUGUAGAAACACCUAUUUUUCAAAGAGCUUCAAUUAUUCUGGGGUGGAGUUUGGACAGCAGUGUUUCUGCGAUGAUGAGCUCUAUGGUUCUGGGGCGCCUACGACUGGGUGUACGAUGGCUUGUCCAGGGGGUGGUGGUGCGGUUUGUGGUGGCAGCUCGAAGAUUAAUAUUUACUCCUUGUAAUGGUACCG